CCCAUCCAGACACCUCACAGCGCAGAGGAGAGUUCCAGAGGCAGCCUCACCCAGCCUCUGAACUGAGGGCUUCUGUGCACAUUGCUGCCGCUGCAGGCCCAAGAUGCCAGCUGUCCAGCUGCUGCUGCUGGCCUGUCUGGUGUGGAGUGCAGGGGCCAGGACAGCCCAGCUGUGGAAGGCCAAUGACCGGAGUGGCCAAUGCCAGUACACCUUCAAGGUGGCCAGCCCCAAUGAGUCCAGCUGCCCCGAGCAGGGCCAGACCAUGUCAGCCCUCCAGGACCUGCAGAGAGACAGCAGCGAACAGCGUGCAGCCCUGGAGUCCACCAAAGCCCGGCUCAGCUCCCUGGAGGCUCUCCUUCACCGGCUGAUCUUGGGCCAGGCUACCGGGCCCUGGGAGGCCCAGGAGGGGCUGGAGAAGGAGCUGGGUACCCUGAGGAGAGAGCGAGAACAGCUGGAAACUCAAAACAGGGAGCUGGAGACAACUUACAACAACCUCACCCGUGACAAGUCAGCUCUGGAGGAGGAGAAGAGGCAACUGGAGACAGAGAAUGAGGAUCUGGCCAGGAGGUUGGAGAGCAGCAGCCAGGAGUUAGCAAAGCUGAAGGUCCAGUGUCCCCAGGCUCACAGCAUGUCUCAGGAUGUGCCGUUGGGCUCCAGGGAAGUUUCUAAAUGGAAUGUGGAGAACUUGGACUUUCAAGAACUGAAGUCAGAGUUAACUGAGGUUCCUGCUGCUCGAAUCUUGAAGGAGAGUGUGUCUGGUCAUUCCGGCAGUGAAGAAGGAGGCAGUGGAUGUGGAGAACUCGUUUGGGUAGGAGAGCCUGUCACUCUGAGAACAGCCGAGACAAUCACUGGCAAGUACGGCGUGUGGAUGAGAGACCCCAAGGCCACCUACCCCUAUACCCAGGAGACCACGUGGAGGAUCGACACAGUGGGCACGGACAUCCGCCAGGUUUUUGAGUACGACCGCAUCAGCCAGUUUGCGCAGGGCUACCCUUCCAAGGUGCACGUGCUGCCCAGGCGGCUGGAAAGCACAGGUGCCGUGGUGUACCAGGGCAGCCUCUACUUCCAGGGCGCCAGUUCCAGAACGGUGAUCAGGUAUGAGCUGAGCACCGAGACCCUGAAGGCUGAGAAGGAAAUCCCUGGAGCCGGCUACCAUGGACAGUUCCCCUACUCCUGGGGUGGCUACACUGACAUCGACCUGGCAGUGGAUGAGACAGGUCUCUGGGUCAUCUACAGCACGGAGGCCGCCAAAGGCGCCAUUGUCCUCUCCAAACUGAACCCAGAGAAUCUGGAGCUUGAGCGAACCUGGGAGACCAACAUCCGUAAGCAGUCCGUCGCCAACGCCUUCAUCAUCUGUGGCACCUUGUACACCGUCAGCAGCUAUUCAUCACCUGAGGCUACCAUCAACUUCGCCUACGACACAAGCACGGGCAGCAGCAAGGCCCUGACCAUCCCGUUCAAGAACCGCUACGAGUACAGCAGCAUGAUAGACUACAACCCCCUGGAGAAGAAGCUCUUCGCCUGGGACAACUUCAACAUGGUCACCUAUGACAUCAGGCUCUCCCGGAUGUGAAAAGCCACCAAGCGCUGUCAAAAAAGGCAGAAGGGGAUGAUGGUCCGGGCUCCUGAGGGGAGAGCCAGCCAGCAACACCCACAGAGCUUUUCUCUUUUCAAGCUUGCACUCACCCUGGAGAAUGUGCAUGGUCACCACGUCCCACUGGGUGGGAAGAGCAAGCUGGGGUUUCCCAUCAUAACAGAUGCUUUUCUUCUGUCAGCUUUUAAAGGGAUAUGUAACCAAGAUAGUUUGAGUUUUUUGGUGAUUUGAGGCAAACGCAUAAUGAGUAAUAGUUUCUUCCUGAAAACCACAAUACUGGCCCUCACUGGCUAAAGAGGAUAGGUUUAGAAAAGAACUUGGGAAAAACAGGUUUGCCCCAUGUGGAACCCAGGGCCAGCCCCUGCACUCACAUGUUGCCGGGUUGCUGUGAGCUACAAUAACAGCAGCACUUCUGAAGGAAGAGAAGGGCCUCUGGCGCCAGAGCUGAACAUACGUGUGUUUACUAUGGUUGGCUUUUAAUGCUUCAGGUGGAAUCCAGUUGGCUAUGACAGAACCUUUGCCUCGUAAAAUAAAAUAAUCUUAC